AUGCCACAUCUUGAAAAACAUUCGACUAACAAUCUAAUAGAUUUUAAACGUCUAUAUAGUCAUGGAACACCGUCACCAACAUUUUUAUUUUCUCCAAAGGGAAAAGUAUUUAAUUAUUCAACUGGCGAAUUAUUCGAUAAAAUUUUAACCAAAAAAGAAAAAUCUAAGGAAAUGUUAAAACAAAUUUUAGACUAUAUUUUUACAAUUGAAGAUAAAAAAGUUGAAAAAUUAUUUAAAAAACUUAACAAAAUAAGAAAAAAUUAUAACACGGUAAUAAAUUGGCAACAUCUUAGAAUGGAAGGCGUUUUCAGAUUUUUUUGUUUUUUUUUCCUUCUCGGAAUAAUCACCCCCCUCCUUCCUUUAUGAAUAUUUUCAUAGCAAAAUUAGAGUGUAUAUAAUUAAGGUUGUCAAUUCAGAACCGAGGAUAUUUCAGUUCGGCUCUUCGAUUUAGUAAAGAAUAUCCGAAGAUUUUCCAGGAACUGACAAUUCUUUUAGUAUUCAUAUAGUUGAGGCGAACUGGGAAGGGCGGACUGUGAGGGUCGUCUCAAUUAAAGAAUUUGAGAAUUUCUAUUAAUUAUUAAAUAUAUAAAAAUUAUAUAAAGUGUGUAAUAUGUCUGAUAAUUUAUUAAAAAAAUAUUUUUUAAAAGCUCGAGAAAUAUGCAAAAAAUGCUUCAAACUUGGAAGAAGCAAAUAAAUUAAUUGUCAAACCAAAAGAUUUUUGGAAAGAUGGAGAAGAUGAAGAGAAUCCUUUUGCUGAAUUAUUUGAGAGAGUUACCCAUUCAAAAUUAAAUAUUGGAGAGAUGGACCCAGAAAUUGUUGAAAAAAUCAAUCAAAUUUUAAAAGAUGAAGGUAUAUUGGUUGAAGAUAAAAUUGAAAAGAUUUCUAAAAUUCUUGAUGAAAUGAACGAUAAUGGAGAGGAUUUUGUUGAAGAAGA